CGUCCUGUACCGCAGAGCUGGUUAAAAAAAAAAUGGCUGAAGUCGAUUUCGGGGACAGUGAGCUCUUUGAGCAGCUUGAUGACUCCGCACCGCCGGUCCCGACGCAUGUCCGCUUCACAGAUGAUGAGGAAGACCAAGAGGAGCCGGUCCAGGCGCGGGGCGGACUGGAGGAGAGUGAUGACUACCUCCAGAGACUCACGGAGGAGAAUAUCAGCUUGAGAAGAAAACAGAACCUCCUGACACGACCCAGCGGCAUUGCUAUUAAAGAUGACGACUAUGACGGGCCAGUUCUUCAAAUCCUUUAUUCAAACAACAUGAUUUCAAAGCAGUGUCGUCAAGAAAUUGAAGAUUGUAUCUGUAGUCUGAUUUUGAAGCACCAGAACCCAAGCAAUGAAAAGAAAAAAUCCACCUUUCACAUUAAACCUCAGAAUUCAGCUUUUGCUGUGGAUGAAGAUCUGUCGUCUUCCAGUAGUGUAAGAACAACAACAGAAGCAUUUAAAGUGGUUGGAAGUGUUUUAUAUUUCACUACUUUCAGUCUUGAUAAACUUGGACAGCCUCUGGUGAAUGAAAACCCCCAGCUGACAGAUGGAUGGGACGUUCCAACCUACCACCAGGUUUUCAACCAAGUCAUUGGCACAGAUGGACAGGAAAUAGAAAUGAAAGACAAAAGACCCAAAUCCAUGUGUUUCAACUGCGGUUUGAGCGGGCAUCAGCUGAGAGACUGUCCCAAGCCUAAAGACAUGGCUGCAAUUAAUGAGAGAAGAAAGGAGUUUAAUCAGAACAGCAACCAGGGCAUGCAGAGUAACCAGCGAUACCAUGCUGACGAAGUGGAGGAGCGGUUCGCUAAAUACAAGCCUGGAGUCAUGAGUGAGGAACUGUUGACAGCACUGGGAAUCGAUGGCGACACCCUCCCUCCUCUGAUUUAUCGCAUGAGGCAGCUGGGCUACCCACCAGGUUGGCUCAAAGAGGCAGAGAUGGAAAACUCGGGCAUAACGAUGUAUGAUGGAAAUGUUUCAAAUGACGGCAGUGUAACAGACAACACCAAUUCGCAAAACAUCUCUUAUGAUGUUUCCAAACUGGUCGAUUUCCCAGGCUUCAAUGUACCUGCACCAAACCGAAUCAAAGAUGAGUUCAGGCACUAUGGAUCUAUUCCAAUGCAGACCAUUCACAUGAAGCAAAACUACGCAGCCUACCUGUCCAACAACUUCCCUAUGCCUGGUGCCACCUGCAACAAGAGACGGCACGAAUCUGACUCAUCUCCACAGCUAAGGAAGAAGACGAGGUCCAGUCCUGAUCGAAACUCGGAUAGAAGCUCAGAUAUGGAUAUUGAAUCAGAUCCAGGAACACCUUAUUAUACUGGCCCAGGUGACUUCCAGUUUCAACCUCCACUGCCCCCUGGCUCGCCUUGCUUCAGUUCACCUCCUCCUUUACCCCAUGGCACUCCUCCUGCUACACCCACUCCCCCACCUCUUCCUAAAGGUACACCCCCUCCCACACCCACCAACGGCUCUCCAGCUCUGCGGGGGCGUAACUGGGUAGCAGUUGAUGAGACUGUGGAGGAACCAGAGGAUGACCUGUCACUGGAGGAACUGGAAGAGCAGCAGAGGCUCAUUUGGGCAGCGUUAGAAAAUGCUGACACUGCCACCAAUAGUGACUGUGACACACCUGUAAUGGGAACACCUGUACCCAGUUCACCAAGUGUUUCCACGCCUGUGCAUGUAGACACAGAAACGGAAAAUGUUGAAGAAGCGAUGGACACAACAAAACCGGCAGAAACUUGUCAUAGCAGCGAAAAUCCAAAGGAACCAGGGAUUCAAGAGAUUUCCUCUCAGGCCUCUGCAUCGGUCAAAGUUGAGGAUGACAGCCCCCAGAGCCCAGAACCAGUCAAAGCCCAAGAAGACAGCCCUCAGAGUCCUGGUCCAGUCAAAGCCCAAGUCGACAGCCCUCAGAGUCCUGGUCCAGUCAAAGCCCAAGUUGACAACCUUCAGAGUCCUGGUCCAGUCAAAGCCCAAGACGACAGCCCUCAGAGUCCUGGUCCAGUCAAAGCCCAAGUCGACAACCUUCAGAGUCCUGGUCCAGUCAAAACCCAAGACGACAGCCCUCAGAGUCCUGGUCCAGUCAAAGCCCAAGUUGACAACCUUCAGAGUCCUGGUCCAGUCAAAGCCCAAGACGACAGCCCUCAGAGUCCUGGUCCAGUCAAAGCCCAAGUUGACAACCUUCAGAGUCCUGGUCCAGUCAAAACCCAAGACGACAACCUUCAGAGCCCUGUUCCAUUCAAAUACCAGGAAGACAAUCCUCAGAGCCCUGUUCCAGAUUUCUCUAACGGCGGGGCUGGAGAUUGUGCAUCUCCUAAGCAUUUUGAAAAGGUAACCGCUGUUCCUCAUCGGAGCAACUUUGCAGCUGGCAUCGUUCCAUUUGAAGAUACACCAGAAUUCACUGAGGUUGCUGAAGCCACAGGGACAUACCUUAAGAUCAGAGACUUGCUUAAAAGUUCCCCUCGAAAUUUGGCAAAGAAGAAAUAAAGGUUUACCUUCUUGCAUUGAAACAGGAGUAUACAUGGAUAUUUUUUAAGCAAGAAGUUAUAUUUUCAUUUUCAUGACCAUCCUAUCAAGCAUGUUUUUUAGCUGUUUAUUAUUUUGUACCAAGUUGAUUGUCUAUGCUGUAUAUACAUUUGAUCUGUUAACAUACAAUGACACAGGGGCAUUGAGGGAUGCUGCCACAGCAAUUGAUCGUAGGUGAAUUAGUCUAAUUUUUUUGUAGCAGUAGUGUUACUCAUUUGGUUUAUUUUCUUGUACAUUUGUAAAAGGUUGUUUCCUGAGCUGUAUUAAUUUUAAUAUGGUGUUUACAUGGCUUUUUCUAUUUUUGUCCCACUUGAAUUGUUCUAAAAUCAUCAAGUAAACAUUCUUGUAUUUGC